AGUUUAUCAAGAACGCACGCCUUGAAAAUUGCAGAGCUCUUGCAAUGCAGCGCACACGUUGUUCCCUCCUCAACUUUGUGCUGGACACGCCGUCCAAGCAGCUGAGGGCCACGUCGCGGAAGGUGGAGCAUUGGCGUACACGUCAUCUGAAGGAAAGCAAGGAGACGACGAAUUCCUAUCACAAGGAGCAGUACAUCAACGCUUUCCUUGAGGCGCAAAGUGCGGCGAUGAUGCAUCGCCACGCUGUAGAAGUCGCACCGAGCGCACAGGCGGCCCUCACCCGCAGCUCGAGUGUCCUCACCGCCUCCCGCGAGCUCACGGCACUGGCCCUGGAGCUGGAGGCGAAGUACAGCGGGAAAGCAACGGCGGCUUCUCACUUUUCACUCAUGCAAUCGGACGAGGCGCUGCCGCGUCGAUCUCUGGAAGCGUCGAGAGGGCAGUCCGCUUCGUGCGUCGCCCCCAUCGAGUUCGGCGCGUGGCGCAGUGCCGCUGCCACUGAUGCACGUCUCCGCCAAAAGAUUCGCUCCGUCGAUGUGGUGCGGCACUGCGUGAUUCGUGAAGCCCGCACCCCACCGGAGUUGUCGCCGGAAGUGAUUGAACGUGCAUUACCGCGUCGACCCCCGCCCGCCGUGCAGCGCCUUCUCGCGUUUGUGCAGUCGCGCAGCUUCCGUGCCGCGACGACGCCGGUGGAGAUGGACCGGCUGUGCUGCGGGUUCACCGCCGCGUUGCGCGCCUUGAAGCACUCCCGGGAGCUGCAGAAGAGCGUGGCUCUGUUUGUUGUCUUCUCGCUGAGCUGCUACCGAGAGUGGAGCACCGCCGCUCCGUUCGUGCUGUGGCUGCACGCGCAGUGGCCGUCGCUGGCAAACUUCCCUGCCGCCGCAUCACCGUCAGCCGUAGACCCUGCAAUGCUGCACGUGGCCGACUCCUCACACUUUGUAGCUCUGCUCUUCGACACGCUGCGUUGGGCGUCUGCCGUGAAUGCCGCGCUUCUGCCCACUCUCGAAGAGGCGGAGCUCUUUUGUGACGCGGCUCACCGAGCACUUGCGGAAAGCACCGGAGGCGGUGGGGUGGUGGAUGAGAAGGAUCACGACGGUCCGUUGUGGAGUCCAGUGGUGGCCGCUCCGCUGCUCUCCGUUGUGGGCCUGCGGGAAGGUGUGGAUACCCCUCUUCGUAAUUCAACCCAGCAGCUGCAGCGCUUCGCUGAUCGCUAUUGCAUUCGGCGCUCCAUGCCUUCCUCUUACUACCACGAGAAGAAAAAAGCAGCGCCGCUGGCGUACAUGCCUGCUCUGGCGUGGGGGGAGUACCUACGCGCGCUGCAUCGCUGCGGUGCCUCCCUGCUGGACCUGCAAGCCGCGACUGACAACAUUACAGACGCCGGCGUGACGCGCCACGCAAGGCAGCUGCUGUCCAACACGCACGUGUGGAACGCGUACCUCGCCUGCUGCCCCGGCCCACACGCCUUGGAGGUGUACGAGAGGAAUAGAGGACGCUACCACGUGCAGGACACCCCCGCCACCAUCGCCGCCGUCAUGACGGCUUUGCUGAACGCACACACGGCGGAGACGAAUGCGCAGGCUCGCACGUUGUGGAGUCGGCUGCGGAAGGGGCAGCCAGCCAAGAAGAUGAUCACCGGCACGUGCUCUACCGUCGUCGCCCAUGCGCGGCUUCUGCAAGCCGAAGGCAACGCUGCUGCCGUGCGAGCGCUCCUGACCUCGUACGAGGACCUUUACGAGUGCUUUGGCGUACCACACGAAUGGUUCCAGCAACAGCGCAAAGAAUUGGCUGAAAGAGAAAGUAGGGGAAGAGAACGGGCCAUGGCGGACGGCCUGCGCGUGCUUCUCCGUGCCUCUGCCGCCUUCCCCCUCCUCAUCCCUCCGGCUGUGCAAGUAGCGCUUGUCCAAGCUGCACGCGAGACAGGGGAAGAGGCAGCGGGCAUUUCUGUUCGAGAGCGUGAGGUGGCACAGGACGCCGCUGCGCUCUCUUCCCCCGCUGAACCUCCAGAACUGACUGCAGAGGACCUUGCUGCGAUGAUGUGA